AUGAGCUCACUGAGCUACUUCCCCACUGUUAAAGAAGAGGACGUCUACCGGACAGAGAAAGAAGCUCUCGUGAAAAGGGAGAAGGAAGAGGAGGCUGUCACAUUUUACUUGGACCUGAAAAGGCAUAAGAGUAUACACACAGGAGAAAAGCUUUACCACUGCACUCAGUGUGGAAAGAGCCUUUCAACAUCACAGUCAUUACAAUUGCACCAGAGAGUACACACAGGUGCAAAACCUUACCACUGCUCUGACUGUGGGAUGAAGUUCGCGCUGUCAGGUAAUUUGAAAAGACACCAACUGGCACACACAGGAAAUAAGUCUUACAGCUGUGAUCUAUGUGGGAAGGGUUUUACUACAUUCAACUCCCUGAUAAACCAUCAGCGAAUACACACGGGAGAGAAGCCUUACCACUGCUCUGUCUGUGGGAAGAGUUUUAAUCAGCCAAGCAACCUGAAAUCACACCAACGGAGACACUCAGGACAGAAGCUUCACCACUGUUCAGAUUGUGGAAUGAGUUUUACUACUUCUAGAGAAUUAAAAAUUCACCAGCGAACACACACAGGAGAGAAACCUUACAGCUGCUCUGACUGUGGGAAGAGUUUUGCUAGAUUAGAUGGACUGAUGGUACACCAGAGAAUACACAGAGCAGAGAAACCUUUUAGCUGUGAACAAUGUGGGAAGACAUUCACUCAGUCAGCACACCUGGCUCUACACAAGAGAAUACACACAGGGGAGAAGCCUUACCACUGCUCAGACUGUGGGAUGAGCUUUACUAACUCAAGCCACCUGGCAGCACAUCAGAGAAUACAUACAGGAGAGAAGCCUUAUGGCUGUGAUGAAUGUGGGAAGAGUUUUGUUAAUUCGGGAUCCCUGGUUAAACACAAGCAAACCCACACUGGAGAGAGGCCUUUCCAUUGUCCUGAAUGUGGGAAGUGUUUUGUUAGGUCGGCGCAUUUAAAGUUACACCAAAGAAUACACACAGGAGAGAAGCCUUACUACUGCGCUGACUGUGGGAUGAGUUUUACUCAGGCAAGCAACCUGAACAGCCACCAGAAAACACACACAGGAGAUAAGCCUUACCACUGCUCUGACUGUGGAAUGCGCUUUACUUUCUCAAAAACCCUGACCAUACACCAGAGAACACACACGGGAGAGAAGCCAUAUCACUGUUCUGACUGCGGGAAGAGAUUCACUCAGUCAGGAACCCUGGUUGAACAUAAGAGAAUACACACUGGAGAAAAGCCUUACCACUGUUCAGACUGUGGGAUGAGCUGUACUUCUUCUAAGGAUUUAAUAGUUCACCAACGAAUACACACCGGAGAGAAGCCUUAUGGUUGUGAUCAGUGUGGUAAGAGAUUCACUCAGUCAGGAACCCUGGUUAAACACAAGAGAAUAGACACAGGAGAGAAGCCUUACCACUGCUCUGACUGCAGGAAGCAAUUUGCUCAAUCUCAGCAGCUGAAAUCACAUCAGCGAACGUACACUGGAGAAAAGCCUUAUGUUUGUGAUCAGUGUGGGAAGAGAUUCACUCAGUCAAGAAGCCUGGCUGAACACAAUAGAAAACACAACACUGGUGGGUAACCUUCCCACUUUUGUUAGCUCAAGCAAGUUGAUGGUAGAUCAGUGGACACACAUAGGAGAGAAGCCGUGCCUUUCUGUGACUGGUGGGAGUUUUGCUACCUCAAGCUUUCUUAAAGUGCAUCAUUGUGGCCUUCAUCUGUGUGAUCUAUGCAUGGUCAAUAAGGUGCCAGCCCUCUCAAAACUUG